AUGUUAGACGCAUAUCAUUACAUUAUGAAUCACAUUCUUAAUCCUGGACGACUAUUUCUUGGAAAGAUGUACACUUCUUUACCACUUGAAAGUAAUAGAAAAAUGGAUCAAGCUUUGGAUACUUUCAACGAACAAUUGAUGCAUUUGAUUCAGCAAUGUAAGGAAGAGAAGAGUGGUCACACUACAUUUGAGGAAAAGGAGCAAAGCCUGCUUCAAAUGAUGGUCAAUUCCGUUGAUGAAGAAGGAUCUGGAUUGACUAAUUCGGAAUUGAAAGAUAACUGUGCAGUAUUCUUCUUAGCUGGUCAUGAGACAACUGCCAGUGCCUUAUCUUCAUUGUUCUACUCACUCGCGAAAAAUCCACAUGUUCAAGACAAGCUUUAUGAAGAAAUUUGUUCAACAUUUUCCAAUGAUGAAACCUCUGUAAUUAAUUAUCAAAAACUUCAUGAUAUGCCAUACUUGGAAUGUGUGCUCAAGGAGAAUCUUAGAUUAUAUCCACCCAUUGCUCUACUUCCAGGCAGAAUGUUGCAAUCAUCUCAAGUCAUCGAUGGGUAUAAAGUUCCAAAAGGUUUCGUUGUCAGCUUGAACAUUUUCAGUUUACAUAGAAAUCCUCAAGUUUGGGGAGAGGAUGCUGAGGAGUUUAGACCUGAAAGAUUUAUGGAGAAUAUUUAUCCACCCUUUGCAUUGGCUCCAUUUGGUGGAGGCCCUCGUUUGUGUAUUGGAAAGCAAUUUUCGUUGACUGAACAAAAAGCUUUUGCUGUUACCUUAUUGAAACGUUUUAAAAUUGAGUUGUUGCAUCCAGGGCAGGUCAUGCAUUUCAAUAAGAAUACACCAUCUCUUGCUCCGGUGGAAGACUUCAAGUUGAAGCUUGUAAGAAGAUUUGAUUAUUAG